CAAUGCAUCCACGUGGGGAGAGAUGGGACCAAGAAAGAGGAAGAAUUUUUUUUUUGAGGAGAUAACGCGGUUUCAUAAGAGGAACCUUUUCUCACCAUAUAGGAAGACUCCCAACUUUGCUGAACUUCAAGCCAUCCAUCAGGGACUUGACUUCUUUUUUGCUUCACCAUGGACAUCUAACCACCAGCUGGAGGCUGAAAGUGAUUCUACCAAUGCCAUCCUUUGGGUCAAGGACAACACCAAAGUCCCUUGGAAAAUGAAGUUCAAUUCAAAUGCCAUUGAAACUCUUAUUGGGAACAACAUUGGCAUCACCUUCAAGCAUAUCAGGCGUGAGGCAAACGCUGUGGCGGAUGGAUUGGCCAAGGCUGGAGUCAUCAGGGACAUCAAUCACAGUGCAGAUUUUGAGCUUACGGAAGCGUAGGGCUGUUACUGACGUGGUCUUGAUAGGAUUGUAUUUUAUCUUUCUGCUUUGGCUGUGUUAAGGGAUUAUAAGCCUUUUGUUAAUAUGUUUCCUUUAUCUGGUUGUCAGCUCAUCAGACA